AUGGCCGACGUCGUGACGCAGCUGCUGGGCAGCGAGACGGGGCGCGCAGAGGCGCUCACGCGCGUCCAGAAACUUGAACCGAGCGACGCUCCAGAGAUUGCCGAGACACUGCGCGACGCUGCCAAGAACGAUGUGGUGCGCGCUCUUGUCGUUUUGCAUAUACUGAGCCUGCUCAAGGCACCCGUCGUCCAGCGCGUGCUUGCGCACGACGGUCUCCUCGAGCAAUUCCUAUCACAGGCGCAAAAGGGCGACGCGGCAUGUGCUAUGGGGCACAUGCUCGCCGGCGCCGCAUCGCAUGCUCCGCUCCGCGCGAUCCUCGCCAAGGAUCCGGCUGUCGAGGCAUGGGUUGCGGCGCACUCGUCGCAGGCCAAAAUCACCGAAGUGGACGCGGAUGCAAGUGCCACAGCGUCCGCGGACCUCGUUCGCAUCAAACUCGCUAUUCAGACUGAGGAGGGAAAAGGGCCGCUGGGCCUCGAUGGCGACGCAUGCACGGCACUCUAUACGUCCCUAAGGGGCAGCCUCGUCGACGGCCCUGCAGCGCCGGACGCGGGCCUGCUCGACUUUGAUGCGCGCGCAGCGGCCUGUACAGAUGCGCUCGAGGGGCUGUACUACCUAGUCAAACUGCCUGCGCUGCGUGACCGCGUCGCAGACGACAAGGCGCUGCUGGCGGUGUUUGUUCGCCUGCUGCAGAGCAAGGCGCGCAAAGAGGCCGUCAGUACGUCGUCGCUGCCGUACCUAGUCGCCUCUAUCCUCGCGACGGUCGCUGCGUAUGCGCCUCCUCGCACCGAGGAGCAGCGCCGCGUCGAGGCACUGCGUCGCUCCGCUGUACGGACGGCCGAGCAGGACAUCGCACCCCAAGACGCCGCGCGGCGGUGCCGUGCGCUGGUCAGCGUAGGCCUCGCUGCGCCGCUUGUUGCAGUGGCGCUGCGCUCGAGCACGUCCGAGGACGAGCUGCGGCGCACACUCUCGUCCCUCUUUCUCGCCCUUGUCACGGAGCAAGACGGCCAGCUACGUGGAAAGCUCUUGCAGCAAGGCGUCGCGCGUGCGCUCCUCGUGCUGAGCCGCGAUGCGUAUGCUGCGCUGGCCAAGCCCGAUGCGCCGGCAGCCGUCCUGGCGCCGCUGCAGGCGCUCGCCAAGCUCACCAUCACCACCGAUCCCUCGCUCAUGUACCGCAUGGACGGCUCCGCGGCACAGGGCGUGCAGUACCUCGCCGCGCUCUACUUUGCUCCGCAAGGGAGCCUGCUGCAGCUCUUUGAGGCGACCAUGGCGCUCACGAACCUCGCGUCGCUCAGCCCCGAGAUGGCCGGCGUCGUGGGGCGUGCGCCGCCGCCGCAUGCGAACGAGCACAAGGACAUUGCGAGCUCGCUUGUAUCCCAGUUCCUGAUGCACGACGAAGACAUGGUGCGCCGCGCGCUUGUCGAGCUGCUCUGCAACCUCGUGCAGGACGAGCAGGUCUUUGCGUUCUGGUCGGGCGAGGCAGAAGAGCCCAGCAAGGAGCUCGUCGAAGGCGACGAAGGAAGCGAGCCGCAGCCUGCUGGCUCGAGCGACGUGGCGCUGCGGCUGCACACAGCCCAAGGGCGCCUGCGGCUCCUUGUAUCGCUCUGCCGCUUGGACGACAGCCCUCCCGAGCCCACGACGCUGGCGCUGGCGCUCGCGGCAGCCGGAGCGCUCGCGACGCUCUCCUCGUCGCCUGCGACGUGCCAGCGCCUGCUUGCGCUUCCCCCUUCUGCCGACGAGACGCUCGCGAGCCUCGUGCUCCCCGAGUGUACCGUGUCGCUGCUGGACGCCCACCAGCUCGCGCUGCGUGGCCUAGUCAUUGCUGCGAGUCUCGCACAAUACGCUGCCUACCGCAAGAAACACAACGACAGCGCGACGAGUGCCGAGGUCAAAAAGUCUGCGCUGCUCGGCGCGUGCCGCGACUAUGUGGCCGAGAAUGCGCGCUUUGCGCGCGACAGCAGCGAGCCGCGCCUCGCAUCGAUGCGGCAGCAGGCGCUCACGAUCGCUGUGGAUGUCCUGCAAGAUGCACAGAAGUUGUAG